UUGAGCAAAUUAUAUCUUGUAUUGGCCAAACAGAGAAACGACCAUAGAUAGGGUUUAUGUUGUCGUUUCUUGCAAUGAUUUAAGUGUAUUUGCUAUAAAGUGUCUAAAGCUAAGCCUAAAGUUUUUCUCAUCGCUGGACAUGGAUAUACUGGAUAUCGAUGAGGCAUUAAAGGAUGAUUCAUAUAUAUUUCUUGCGGACAAGAACCAUGACGAUGUCUCCAAUAUACUUCAGCAGUGGAAAACGAAUAAUCAGCCGCAGUUGCACUCGCAGUACAACAAUGAGCAGACCUACAAACACAACUCGAAGACCUUCACCCGCCCCAAGCGACGGAAUCUGGAUUUCACCCAAAAUGUAUCGUCAAUCAACGAGAGUGGAGCUGGCACAGGAGCGGUUAGCGGCACACCGUCGAUGCUGCAGCUGGAAAUUGGAGGUCUGGUUACCACGAACAUGCAUAAAUCCUUCCUGCAGGACACAUCGCCGCCGUCUUCCAUUUGCUCUUCCAUGAACACGGAGAGGAUGAACAACUCGCUGAUCACCUCGGCGGACUUUACCAAUCUCAACUUUCUCCAAUCCACACUCAGCCUGCAACCGGAGAUGAGCCUCACCACCACUCUGACCAACCAGACGGACAACGGCAUGAACGGCGGUGGGGGGCUGGUCAAUGGAGGGGGCGGCUAUACGCUUAGUGACAUGAUCAGAGAUCGCAAGGCCCUGGAAUCGCUGACAAUGUGUGAGGAGGAUGGCACUAUGAUCAAGGACUCGCACAUUGGACAGAUCGACGAGAUAUCGCUGACACUGAGCAAGACCGCAUCCGGCUGCAGUACAAUGGACAACAGCACGGAGAGCAUGUCCAAUCCUCUGGCGGCAGAUCGCACCAUCCUGAUGGCCGCUGUCCCUGCUGUCUAUCCACCUGCCCUGUCCCUGGUCCUGGGCGAGGAAAUGAUCGGCGAUACAACGUUCAAUCUGGUGGAUAGUCUCACCACUUGUACGCCCAUGCUGCAAUCCGAGUCUGAAUCCUUGUCGAUCGACGGCAAUGCCACCUUCAAGCGGGUGCCGGCGCCGGCGCAGCCAGCUUCGAUUUCAACUUCAGUCACCACUCCGUCGGAUGAGACGCUGCUCCUGGCUGGUCGCCAGAUGAACACAACCUUUACGGAUGGCUGCAAUACUCCAGAGGCCCGGUGCGAGACGCCCGAAAAUAUCGACAGGAAGCUGGCCUCUCUGACAAUGGAAUCAUCCACGCCACUGACCACAAACAUCCGAUCCCACUACUACCACAACAAUAACAACAACAACAAGCAAGGGUACACGCCAACAUUGAAGGGACGAGGCGGCAUUGUUGAUGUAGACAUGAACUUGUCACCCAUAGUAGGCACCACGCCCCAGAAGGCCGGUGGGCGACUGAACAACACCUUUGAGCCGACGCCCAAGGCAGCGGCGCCAUUCGAUGGGGAAAAGUUUGUGUUGGACACAAUGGAGAUGCUGGAGCAGAUCGAACAGCCACUGGAUGGAACCUACAGCCUGCAAAUGUCCGAGCAGCACAGGCAGAUGCAGUGCGUGAUGGAUCUGGCCGAGGCCGAGGUGGAAAUGCUGGCCCAGCAGGGCGAUGAGGAGCAGUUCGAGCACAUGCUGGCCGAGCUGGGAAAGGUGAAUGUCCUGAAUGAAACUCAGCUGAAGAUGCAGAAAUCUCUGGAGACCAUCAAGCGACGUUUUCACAGGGAUGAGCCGGAGGCGGAACCCGCCGAGCAGCCCGAACAGCAGCUGCAGCAGCAGUUGGAGAAAGUGGAGAAAGUCGAGACCACUCCCACGCUCAAUCAGAGUCACUCCAGCAACAACAGCAGCAGCAGUACAGGGGAGCGUCUCCUGAGCCGUCGCAGUCGCCUCUACGAUGAUGUCAAUCUCAGUGUCAUGCACGGCAGCAACGGCAGCUCUGCCAGCUGCAACUCCGCUUCGUUCAUAGUGCAGCGCAGGGAGGUGCCACAAGAGGAGCAGGCGGUGCCUGACGCAAUGCCCAAGCCGGAGGAGGAGCAGCGGCAGCAGCAGACUGAUUCGCCGACCAGCUAUAAACUGGCCGAGCGCCGUGAGCGAGACCGCGACCGCUUCAAGACCAUCAAGAUAACAAAGGAAAUGCGGAUGCGCGAUGAUUCGCAGCAGGAGAUAAUAGUGCCUUGUAUAGACGAUGAGCCGCAGGAUCAGUUGGCGGAAGAACAGACAGCGGACGGACAGGAUCUGCCAUCGCAGAGACAGGGUUCGCCGCCUGGUCGCCUGUCCCGGCGAGAUCAGAACCCUUCCGUCUAUUACAACAACAGCAACAAAGCGGAAAAUAGUUCGAGCAACUAUUUGACCUAUAAAAAGCCCAAAGAGAAAUCUCUGCUCAAUCGUCGACAAGUGCCGCAGGAAGCGCAGAUAGCGGAACAAGCCCUCUCCACCACGACCACAACCUCCACUCUACCCCAGCCGCGUUCCCUCUCACGACCGCGCUACAUCAGCGGUCUGCAAAAGUUCUCGAUGGUAAGCAAGGCCACAUCCGCCGGAGCCGGACUGAAUGCCACGCCAGCAGCUGCAGCCCCGACUACGGUCACAGAGGCAACCACAUCGAGUGGAGAGCUGAAGAGUCCCAUGGGCAUUAAAUCCAAGUCGUUCCACAACUUAUCCUCCACCAUGAGCGGCAUUAGUGCUCCACGGCCCAGUUUGGGUGGCGGAUUGCGGCGACCUGGCCAACAGCCCAGCAAGUUAAUGGGAGGACUGCGUGGACCCGUGCAAGCACAGGAGCAGGAUGAAGCAGCGGUGUUCAAGGUGCCCAAAUUGGUGAGCGGAUUGCGUGGCCCUCCGCUGUCAGGUGCAAAACGAACUGUGGGCAAUGGACUGGCCCGUCCCUCGUCGGGAUAUUACAGCCUGAGCGUUAAGGCGGCUCCAGAGGCAGAAACUCCAGAGAGCCUUUCGUCGGCCUCCUCGCGCGGCAGUCUCUAUUGUUACAAGGACAACAGCAAGGCUGCUGCUGCUUCCAAUGGCGGAAAUGUUCCUCAGCCGAAGCCCUCACACAUGUUCGAUACCCAGGUGCUCACCUCAAAGCUGACGCAAGUGACAACGGGUGGAACGGGCAUACCGAAGCCUUCGGGACUGCGGCCGCCCUCCCAAAUGAAGCGCAGUGGCUUGCCACGACCCUCCAGCAUUGUUAGGCGUUAGGAUUGACACCUAACUAGCCAGCCACCUCCCCUCGCGAUUUUAACUCAUUUCCAUGUUUCCAUGUGCGUAUCCGUAUCAGUAAAUGAUCCCUUUUUUGUGGUCUUUGUUCCGCCCCCUUUGUGUUUAUGUACCAUCCAUCAGCCCCCCACACGCUACAUUUUCGAAUGAUCCACAUGCCUAGUGAGUUCGAAACACUAGCAUUUAUGUUUAUGAAUUAUUAUUACGAAAAUUAAUGCAUUUAGUUGAAAAAGAACCGGAGAACAUGGCGACUUAUAAACCAUUAAACAGACACACAUAAACAGAACAUAUACCCUAAUAUAUAGAACAAAUACACACACACACACACGAACUUUGCCUUACGAAUUAUUAUAAACAAAACACAAAAAUAGAAAGACGAUUGAAAAGAGAGAAAGAAGAUUGUAAACGAGAGACAAAUAGCUGUAUAUUUUUGUAAAAUCAAUGCAAAAAUUCUAUAAACGUUAUUUGCUGUGUAGCGUUUUGAGUGCUGCUGCAAAAGUUAGAGAUGAAGCGAAAUCGAAUAAAGAUUACUAUAAUUAAUACAAAUAUACAAUAAGCUCUGCUCAGUGGCCCCCGCAGUAGACCACACAAA